AUGCCAAUCGAAACUGUGGAAGUGAAGAACAAAAUCGAUCAGCAGCUGCAACAUAGUCCUGGCUCGCAAACGUCCUCAACAAAGUCGAACGAUAGCGGUUUAGAAGAUGGAUCGAUAACGAAGAAUGGUGUUCCGGCAAAAUCGCUGUCACGAAAGAGUUCGCGAAUGUCGCAGAGCAAUGUGUCCCCAGUCCUGGAGCAGCUCCAACAGCUGAUUAUCUCCGACGAAUGGGUCGGUAGAGAUACUCCACCAACUGGUCAUCCUCAGCUGUCGAAAACUCGGUCACGCGAAAAUCAGCGUUUGUCUGAUCUUGGAAGGACGUUAGUGACAUCAUCUUCGCUCAAGGCGUACAUCGAUCUAUUGAACAGUCACCAUAGGCAGAGCAUCGCUUCAUGGCUCUACGGAAACACUAGUCAAGCUCUUAGUCAGCAGUUCAGAUUCCCUGAAUCCAAUAUUCAUUGCUCAGAGCCAGAAGCUACAUUGGCACUUUCAGUUAGAAAUGGAAUAGGACAUGCGAUACGUUUGGCACUCAAGGACACCUAUGGUAACGAUUAUAUAACCAAAGGAUGGAAAGUAUUCGUGGAAAAGGGCGCCCCAGUGGUGUAUGUGACACCAGCUCUUCAUAUGGAUCUCGCCCCGUACAUCGCUUCGGAAUUCGGCAUCUCCGAUAUUGUACUGCUGCCAAAACUCGAAGGAGACAUGAGUGAAAUUGAAGGACGAAUUGACCAUCACGCAUUCGAGCGAAUUCUCGAAGAAGAUGUAGCUGCAGGUCGUACUCCGCUACUGGUAAUAGCUGUCGUUGGGUCAACGAUUCUUGGUCAAAAUGAUAUGGUAUCGAAACUACUUGAAACGCGAAAAAAGCACCGCUUUUGGCUCCAUGCUGUUGGGCAGGCGGUUGCAGCCCUGACUCUUCGUGAGCCGACGGAAGUCUUAGUGCACGUCCUUACCCAAGUAGACAGCGUUACGCUCCCUCUGGCUCUUUGGUUAGGUGUUCCGGCAGCUCCUGUUGUGACACUGUACAGGACGGUAGAGGGACACAAGCCCUCUUAUCGCGAGAAAUUGGACACCCUGCCGUGGUGGGUGGUCACGCAAACCUUAACAAGCAAAGGAAUCUCCGACAUUAUUGAGAACGCCUAUUUACUAUGUAAAGUAAUGCUGAAGGGCCUCUCAUCAUUCCCGCAGAUUGAGGUGGUCGGAAUGGAAAACGCAGCCGAUUUUGUCACCAGGGUUUAUAAAAACCAGUACACUGCUCCAACAGUGCUCAUUUUCAAGUACCGUUAUAAUGCUUCGAAGGAAGCAGCCAAGGCUUUGCGAGAAUUGACUCAAAAGCCUGAUAACGAAGUAACGAAGGAGGCUAUUGCUGAGGCCGAAAAACAUUUCCGUGAUGAGUCUGAAUACGGAGAUUCGCUGAAUUCUUGGCUCGGCCAAGGUGUCGUGGGAGAGUGCCAGUCGUUGGGAAUUCAUAUGAUCGAACUCGGUGGCACGUAUGGAACUGCAUUCCGUUUCUGUCCUCUGGAGCACGCUGCAGCACUCUCGUCUCACGUUGACCAUGUGCAGCAGUUCAUCCGACUCCUCGGUGGCGUGCUCAAAAUUGUCGACUCUACAGUAGCCGCUAGAGAAAAUUUUGAGAAGUUGAAGAGCGAAUAUCCCUCUCUGGUCGUCGUCCCCGUACACAAAUGGGCCGGUGUUGGAGCUGUUUGCUAUGUACCUUCCAUUAUCAACAACAAAUCACCUUCUGAAUGGGAUGACAAAGAGAAACAGCAGAUAUCUCAUAUGAACUUGGAACUCGUUCACCAACUACGGUCUGUCGACUCGGCUUUCUCGGCUGGAGAAAGCUCAACUCGUGGUUUGUCAUGUGUUAAAUUCGGAAUGCUGUCAGAUGCAAAGGAUCUAGCGGACCUUCUAAAAAUGGUCGCUGAAAAAGGAGCCGAAAUUGAAACGAACCAGCAGCGGGGAAAUGCACAAACAACUGAUGUCAUCUACAACAUAAGAAGGACCUCAUUGCCACGAGGCAUGGUGGAAAUCCUAGACGGCAGGCUGAUCAAGAUGUGUGGCGGAAGUGAAGGAGGGGUUGGUACCGGUAAGCCGGCUUCAACAGCGGUUGCAAAUGGCGAGAAGGAGACGAAAGCGGCUGCAGCUGAUGUUGAAAAGACAACGACGACAAAGCCUACCGUCGAACAACCAACGUCAAUUGAGGAGAAGUAG